GCAACCCUGAAUCAUGUUGCGAAAUCUUAAUAAAUUCUGUGUGAAGUAUAUUCAAACGUAAUCGAUAUGACGACACAAACUUUAUAAAUGAAAGGUGCAGUUGCUUACCUCGCCAGUUGAACCUCACAUCUGUUAAACGUUCGGCUACAGUGAGAGCCAACGUUAUAUAAAAACAUCGAAAACAAGUUACUGGAUCUUGUGUCAAGUGUUUUACUAGUGUUGUCAAAGAUUACAUAAAAAUGCCUUGUCCAUUUUUGGGAUCGCUGAAUCAAGCCUUUACAAGGAAUUACGGAGCUGCUCUACUGAAACAGUACGGUAGUUACUGCCCUGUCAUCUCUCGAGGCUUCCGCUCAUUGGGUAAUGACGAAACCAAGUGUCCUUUCAUUCAGGAAAAUGCCAUAAUAUCGGAAGCGCCCAAGGAGAUGUCCGAGGACAUCGUGGAAACCAUCCCCCCGUACAAGUACGAGAAAUUCUUCAAUGAACAAAUUAGCGCCAAGAAGAAGGAUUAUUCGUAUCGUGUAUUCAGGAAGGUGUCUCGAUUGGCGGCUGAUGGAAUGUAUCCUCAAGCACUGGAAGGUCCCGAGAACCGUCGCGUGACCGUGUGGUGUGCCAAUGACUAUUUGGGAGCCUCCCGCCACCCGGCUGUUCAAGAUGCUGCUGUCAAUGCGAUUAAAUCGUAUGGGACAGGCGCGGGCGGCACACGCAACAUCGCUGGUAACUCCCAGAUGACUGAAAAACUUGAAACUGAAAUUGCACAACUUCAUAAAAAGCCUGCAGCGUUAAUUUUCAGUUCAUGCUUCGUUGCAAAUGAUGCAACUUUAUCAACAUUGGCAAAAAUCCUUCCAGGCUGCAUCAUUUAUUCCGAUGCAGGCAAUCAUGCCUCAAUGAUACAAGGGAUCCGUAAUAGCAGAGCACCUAAACAUAUAUUUAGGCAUAAUGACCCCAAUAAUCUUAGACAAUUACUGGCUGAAUCUCCUGCUGGAGUUCCGAAACUAGUCGUAUUUGAGACUGUCCACUCCAUGAGUGGAGCCAUUUGUCCGUUAGAAGAAAUGUGUAAUAUUGCACAUGAGUAUGGAGCUUUAACAUUUGUUGAUGAGGUUCAUGCUGUUGGUUUAUAUGGAAAACAUGGUGCUGGUAUUGCUGAAGAAAGAGGAAUACAAGAUAAGAUUGAUAUAAUAUCGGGUACGUUGGGCAAGGCCUAUGGUAAUGUGGGGGGUUACAUCGCUGGAUCUUCACUUUUGGUGGAUACUAUAAGAUCCUAUGCACCUGGUUUUAUUUUUACUACUGCAUUGCCACCUCCUGUUCUAGCAGGUUCUUUAGCAGCCAUUAGACUCCUUGCAAGCGAAGAAGGAAGAAGCCUGAGAGCAAAACAUCAAGCGAAUGUCAGAUAUUUGAAACUUUCAUUACUGGUAGCAGGGUUGCCUCAGUUACCAUCUGUCAGCCAUAUUGUACCUGUUCCUAUAGUGGGUGCUGACAAGGUGGCUCUUGUUGCAGAAUCUCUUAUGAAGAGAGGGCACUAUGUGCAAGCUAUAAACUACCCGACCGUUGCACGUGGCGAGGAGCGGCUGAGGUUCGCCCCAGGCCCAUACCAUACUCCAGAAAUGAUCGACAGUCUUAUCACUGCCUUAAUAGAAGCAUUCCAUGAAAACAAUAUAGUUUUCAACGAGUUCAUGAAAAACGGGACCUGUCGAGAGUGCAGCAUGGAGUACAAGGUCGAAAUCGGCCAAGACGAGCUGUACAAGUUCCCCAUGCAAGUUGCGUAAGCGCACAAAAUCCUAACCGACGGCCAUGACAAUUAUUAUAUAAGUAAAA